AACCCCGCUGCGUCACUUUGAAAAGAGGUGUGCGGCUAGCCCACACUCUGGCGCUCGGUACCGUCAUAAGAAUCACCGGGCUUUUACACGAGCUUUGUGUCAAAGUAAUCUGGGUCAGAGACGACAGAAAUGCGGUAAGAUGGCGCUGGAGCAGUUCAGUGAUGUCGUACAGAGAUGUCAACACGUUCAGGAUGAGAACUUCUCUCCGGCCGACUUUGACUUGUUCAGCACGGCGGGGCGGAGCUGCAUCGAGCAGGGACACAGCGCUCACGUCCUCAGUGUCAUCGUCGACGAGAGAAAUAAAAAUAUCGUGAGCUGUAUGGGCUGGAACCUUCUGGAGCCGUUAGUCAAAGUUCUGCUUAAAAAGGAAGAGAGAAACCUGCAUCACUGUCAGGCCAUCUUCUCUCACCUACUGCAGGUGUGCAGUCCUAAAGAGCUGGUGGUCGGUCUGCUGGAGCAGGUGGAAGAACUUGAUCCUGAUGCUGUGGCUGAAACGGUCGCUCUGCUGCUCACGCCCUUACAGACAGUGCUGCUGAAGCUGGGCAAGAGGAAGGCCUCGACUCUGGGCAUGGCUCUCUCCACCCUGCUCAGUCAGGUGACCAAGCUUCCUGUUCCCCAGAGCCGAGAGCAGGAGGAGGACGACGUGUUCGGAUUGUGUCGCUGCUGCACGGCUCUGUCACGCUUCAUCCGACCCUUCGUGGAGGAGAUCAAGGAGAACAUUAAGGAACGUCGCACCGUCUCCAGGGAAGACGAGCUCCGGGUGGAGGUCCUGAAAUUCUGUAUGAAGAGUUUGAGCGAGCCUCUGCUGGACGUCCAGCUGAAGGACCCAGACGCGUUAGAGACGUCCCCUCUCAGAGACUUCGCCACCGACAUCCUGGUCACUCUGUGUAGUAUCGGCGAGUCGCUCCCGGACUUGUUGUCCCACAGUCUUUUGCGGAAGCACGACGUCCCCGGGUUCCUGGAGGAGGAAGUCCGAUAUCCGAAGGAGUCUCUGGCCAGCUUGGCACAUUUACUGUUCGUGCACCACAUCGCCAUGGACUUGUUCCCUUCAGUGCUCAGCCCAGUUUUUGUCCUGCAGUGCAACAUGGAAUACAUCGAGCUCUUACUCAGUCGAACUGAAGAAUCCCGGUUACAGAAGGGACUGGAGCUGUAUGAGAAGACGCUGGUGCGGGUGGAGGACGGCAGCCUGCCCUGUGACCUCCUGGAUCUAAAAUCUUUUUUAAAUGUUCCACAGGACUUGAUUAAGGUGAUGGCGCUGUGUCCGGUUCAGAACGUGAGGACUAAAGGACUCUCCGUUUUCCAGCUGAGCAUCGACAAAUUUAACACCGAGGCCAAAUACAAGUUUUUCAGGUGCAUGCUGAAAACCAGCAAUCACUCAGGAGUGGAGGGCUACAUCAUCCAGAACAUCAAGAACCAGAUCGACCUCGCCUUAAAGCCGGGUCAUGAGAACGACUGGUUCCUGGGGAAACAUCUCCUGCCUUUACUGCAUCUAGUCCUGAGUCUUCCUCAGGGACCAGAAACCGACCUGCUACACAAUCUAGACCGGAUUAUGGAGUCGUUGAACCUCCUGCGUUAUCUGCUGAUCCGAGAUAAAGAAUGGCACAAUGAGACAGGAAUAUGGAGCGAGCUGUGUACGGUCGAGGAGAACUUCAUGAGGCCCCUGCGGACGGGCCUGAACAUGUCCCGAGCGCAUUACGAGGCCGAGUUGAAGAGCACGAAAGAGAAGAAGAAGAAGAUCAGCACUGCAGACUCUAAAGCGCCGGCCUGCAUGGUUACCGUCGGCAACGAGACGCUGCCCAACAUGACUCCGGAAAUGCAGCUCCAGGUGCUGCAGUCGGCGCUCUACACGUUCGAUUUGAUCGAGAGCGUCUUGGCCCGAAUCGAGGAGAUCACCGAAGCGAAAGGACAGACGUAGGCCGACCCGGCAGUCUCCUGUACGGGAGCUUUAACAAACAUCGGCCAUAAAGCGAACACCAGUGUAGUGAGAGAAACACACACUCAUCAACGUAAACGGAUCGGGACACGCCCUGAUCUCUGCCGCUCGUUCUCGUGUAGUAAUAGAUGUACUAUAUACAGGCGCAGCUCAAAAAAUGAGAAUGGUGGGAAAAGUUAUUUUUUUUCCCCGUAAUUUAAUUAAAAGAGUGGAACUUCCAUAUAUUCCAGAUUCAUUACACAGAGUGAAAUAUUUCAAGCUUCCUUUAGUUUUAAUCUUGAUGCUUACAGCUCAUGGAAAUCAAAAAUCCAGUAUCUCGGUAUAUACACGAAUAAAGAAUUUAUAAUACAGAAAUGCCGAGCUGAGAAGACUCUAAUCAGAGAAUUAACUCCAAACAUCUGCGAAGGUUUCCUGAGGCUUUAAUCUCUCAGUCUGGGUCAGUACACACACACAAUCACGGGGAAGAUGGAAGUAAACGUUGCGUUUCAUUUGGAAAUCAAGGUUCCAGAGUGUGGAGGAAGAGCGGAGAGGAACAGAAUCCGAGCUGCUUGAAGUCCAGUGUGAAGUUUCCACAGUCGGUGAUGAUUCGAGGUGCCGUGUCACCUGCUGGUGUUGGUCCAGUGUGUUUUCUCAAUUCGAGAGUCGAUGCAGCGUCUACCAGGAGAUUUUAGAGCACUUCAUGCUUCCAUCUGCUGACGAGCUUUAUGGAGAUGAUGUCCUCUUCCAACAGGAAUCAACACCUGCCCACAGUGCCAAAACUUCUAGUAACUGCUUUACUGACCGUGGUGUUACUGUGCUCGAUUGUCCAGCCGACUCGUCUGACCCGAACCCCAUAGAGAAUCUACGAGAGACACCAGACCCGACAAUACAGACGAGCUGAAGACCGCUAUCAAAGCAACCUGGACUUCCAGAACACCUCAGCAGUGCCACAGGCUGAUCGCCUCCAUGCCACGCCGCACUGAUGCAGUCAUUCCUGCACAAGGAUUAAAGCCCCGACCGAGCAUCAGCACAUAAAUUAACAUCCCUUUCACGAGGUCGACAUUUCUGUAUUAAAUUCUUUAUUCGAAUAUUUUAAGAGAUUGUAAGUUCACUUGAAAUAUCUCACUUUACGUGUCAUGAAUCUAGAAUAUAUGAAAGUUCCACUUUUUGAAUUAAAUUACGGGAAAAAAUGAACUUUUCCAUGAUAUUCUCAUUUUUUGAGACGUGUAUGUAUGUGUUUAUAUAACACGCACACACAAAGAAAAUCGUGUCAUCAUUUCUGUUGCGUGGCUCACGAGAGAGAUUCAGCAUUAAAGCAAACAUUUGGGCAACGAAAGUGAGAUUUUACAUUAAUUACAGACAGGAAUAAGGACAGAUUCAGUAGUGGCGACAGACAUGAGACUGAACUGACGCACUUCUGAAUGAACAAUGCAGGGUGCUGAAUGAGCCAGAUAUUUUUAAAGAGAAUUCUUUAAGCAGAAAGUUUACCUGUAAAUAUCUAAAUGGACAUUUAAUAAAGCUUCCCUUUUUUUUUUUGUACAACUCGAACGCAUGUACACUUUUAUUAAAUCAGAUUGGCUAUACUGAAUCACACUGAAACGAUUCCGAAUCAUCAUAAAAUCACAAGAUAUUUUUCGGGGGAAAAAAAAAGGUUAAAUUCCUGUACAACAAUGAAUCACAUUAAAACGAUUCAGAGUCGUAUUUUACGGAAUCGUUACUCAAUCGUUAAUCUGGUAUCCCUUAUUAUAGUUCAAAACAUUCCUGAAUGAUACUGAAACAUAUCGUGUUGAAUACUCACUGUGAUCAUAAGAAAUUAUUUGGUAAAAACAUGCACUAUACUGAAUCAUAGUGAAAAGAUUCAGAAUCAUAUUGUACCAAAUUACCAUCGAUUCGUGAGACAUGAUUCAUUUACAAUAUUACUGUGCUAUAUUAAAAGGCAUCAAAACGAUUCCAAAUCCAACUGAAUCAUUAAAUCAGGUGUCAGUAUUUAAUGAAAAGCUCAAAAUAUUACUGAAUCACAUUAAAGUGAUUCUGAAUCGUAUUUUAUUAAACCAUUAUCUCUAUAUACACCAACUUCUUAGAGUUUAGAGAAAAAGUAAACACAUUUCUGGACGAUACAAUUACUGCAUUAUACUGAAUUGCAUUAAAAUGAUUCUGAAUCAUAUUCUAUCAAAUCAUUAAUUAGGUGCGUGUUUAGGGAAUUGUUUAGAGAAAAGGUCAAAACAUUCAUGCACUGUACUGAAUCGUAUCAAAACAAUUUUAAUAAUUUUGUUUCUUCAUAAUAAUAAUAAUUCAUUACUGUACUAUACUCACCGAGCUCCAAACGAUUCUGAAUCAUUAAAUCAGGUAUCCUUUAAUGUUUAGCGAAAAAAACAAAAAA